CGUAUUAAAUACCCCAAACGACAGAGGAAGAGGAAUGCGAAGAAGAAGAAGGGGGAAGAAAUAUUCAGAACAAAAACAAAAUCACUCCUCUCAGUCUCAAUCCCCUCUUCCUCUCUUCUUAUCUUCCGUCUUCUUCGUUUUCCCCCAUUUGGAACCUUGGAUCGAUCGAGAGAUGGGGAGGACAUCGCUGCUGGAGGUUCUGAACGUGAGGGUGGUGGGGACGGGGGACCGGUUCCUGGUGCUGUCUCACGGGUUCGGGACGGACCAGUCGGCGUGGCAGAAGGUGCUGCCGUACCUGGUGAGGGACUUCCGGGUGGUCCUCUACGACCUGGUCUGCGCCGGCAGCGUCAACCCGGACAACUUCGACUUCGCCCGGUACUCCUCCCUCGACCCCUACGUCGACGACCUGCUCGACGUCCUCGCCGCCCUCCGCAUCGAACGCUGCGCCUUCGUCGGCCACUCCAUCUCCGCCAUGAUCGGCUGCCUCGCCUCCAUCCGCCGCCCCGAGCUCUUCACCAAGCUCGUCCUCCUCGGCGCCUCCCCCAGGUUCCUGAACGACAAGGACUACCACGGUGGGUUCGAGCGCAACGAGAUAGAGAAGGUGUUCAGCGCGAUGGAGUCGAACUACGAGGCGUGGGUGUCCGGGUACGCGCCGCUGGCGGUGGGCGCCGACGUACCCGUCGCGGUCCGCGAGUUCAGCCGGACCCUCUUCAACAUGAGGCCGGACAUCUCGCUGUUCGUGUGCCAGACGGUCUUCUUCAGCGACUUCCGGCCCAUCCUGGGCCUGGUCAAGGUGCCGUGCUGCAUCAUCCAGGGGAUCAAGGACAUGUCCGUCCCGCUCUCCGUCGCCCACUACAUGAAGGCCCACCUGGGCGGCAAGGCCACGGUCGAGAUCCUGCAAGCCGAGGGCCACCUGCCGCACCUCAGCGCUCCCCAGAUGCUGGUCCCGGUCCUGCGCCGCGCCCUGGCUCGCUAGACACCUGCGUCCUCCUUCCGAAUAAGUGCCGCCAUGGGCGGACAAUAAUGGUUUGACUGUAGAGCGAGGGUUGUGGACGAAGAGAUGUGAGCGUAGGCGUGCCUGACUCUCUUUGUUCUAUGGUGAUAACUACUCGGAAAAUGAAAAAGAGUAUAUAAAAUUUGGUA